AUGUCGGCCAACGGAACAGAAACAACUGCUCUGCCUCCUCUGGUUGGUGCAGCCCGGAAUCUACAUGAACCAGGUCUCCGCGCGGUCGCCUGGGCGGGUGUUGCGACCGCAGGUCUUUUCGUCUCAUUACGACUAUUCGCUCGAUACCGCGAGGCUGGUCACUUUUUUGCCGAUGACUAUUGGGUGGUUACAGCUUUUGCUGUCCUACUGGUUAAUGCAGUCCUACAACAUCUUCAAACACAUUCGCUCUACUAUGUCAUGGAAGUUUCGGCAGGGCGUCUACCAGUAUCCGAAGAACUAAUCAUCCAAGGAAACAUAUACGUGCGUUAUGAAUUUCCGAUCAUCGGGCUGAUGUGGACUGUGCUAUGGUGUAUCAAGGCUAGUCUGCUCGCACUGUUUUGGAGACUAUUUGAGGGUCUGCCUCGCUAUCGAAGAAUUUGGUGGGGAGUCGUUGUGUUCUGUAUUGGGUCAUACAUUGGCUGUUGGAUUGCAUCUGCAUGGACAUGCCAUCCACCAAGCACAUAUUUUCAAUUUGGCCAAUGUACGAAGCCCAUCGACGUCAAAGGUGGCAAUAUCAGUAUCUCCUAUUCCACCGCUGUCGACAUCAUAUCAGAUCUCGCCAUCAUGAUGCUACCUUUACGUCUCCUGCGUGACCUCCAAGUAUCUCGUCCUCAAAAAGUCGGCCUCGGCGUCGUUUUCUGUCUCGGAUUGGCAAUUAUUGCCGUCGCCAUCGUUCGGCUCACACAGAUCAUCGGAACUGAGCGUGCGGACCCAGUCGGCCUGGCUGUAUGGGGUCUCGUUGAGAGCACAGUCUCGGUGAUAAUCGGCUGUCUCCCACCUCUCAAAAGUUUUCUUGGAAAACAAAUUUCGAAGUUCACCGGGGCCAUAUACGCCUAUGGAGGCGGAGGAUACUCUGGCGGAAGACAUUCUGGCAGAAUUCAAGGCGGCUCGGGAAACAAACAAUCAUUCGCGUCCAGAUCUGGCAAGGAAUCAGACUCAAUCCCUCUCCAUGACAGAGCCACCGACGUGAAAGCCCUCAAGGACGGACAGAUUGUCGUCCAGAAAGACUUCGGAUGGUCGGCAGCAGGCGGCAGUGCGUUCGACAGGGGAUCCAGUGUUGAGACGACCGAUCUGGAGAGUCAAAAAGGUGGUGCCCAAUCGACCGUCGAUGAACAUUAUUACGGUGACGAAGUUAAAAUGAUGAAGCAGAGACAACACGUGGAUGAACGAGAGAUUGGUGUCGCGACGCCGAUGGGCAAACGAAUGAGCAAGAGAUCGUCGCAUGGACGACAGGUCAGUGAUGAUGGCAGGUCCAAGACCAGCUGGUUGCAGUGA